AUGCCCUUUCGUAAACACUCGAAAGACGAUUUCAAACUUGAAACGUUGACCGAAAAAUGCGUCCAUUGCCCUGCAAAGUUCCUGUUCAAAUCGUGGCUGGUGCGGCAUCUUUCGAGGCACGUGGACAUUGAUAAGUUCAAUUGCAUGGAUUGUGAGUUGACAUUUAAGUCCAACAAGGAGAUGGAGUAUCACCACAACCGUUGCCACACUGGUUUAAAACCAUUUGCCUGUGACGAGUGUGAUGCGGCCUUUCAUGCGCCAAAUACUUUGCAUAACCACCGGAGAAGACGGCAUUAG